AUGGCAAAGAUCGUCUCCGAGACUAUCGUCGAAGGCAACCCCGGAGAGUGGUACGGCACACUUGUCACGAGCGGCAUCAAAUACGACAACGGCAGUCGUCUUACCGUCCAGAGCAAGCUCUACGCCAAGUUUCUUGCUCCACACAACACGGGCGUCCAGCCUCUUGUCUCGCUCACGCCGUGGCAGCAAGUCACUUGCACCCUGGCGUCCGAGCCCAUGGAUGAUGGGACCGUCGCCGUCACAGCUGAGCUCCAAAUUGCGGGCCCCUACACGUUCACUCCCUCGGACACCCUGAAGUGGGGCAUAAACGGUGACUUGAGAGGCGAUGCCUCCAAGUACACCAGCUCAUUCGAGCUUUACGCCGAUGAGCUGCCCAGCGGCACCGUCGAGGUCAACGUCCCGGAUGCCCCAGAUGGCGCGCUGUCCAACUCCACCCAGACCGUCAUUCUUACCAAAGGCGGCGUUUCGCUCGCUCUCUCGGCUGAGCCUGGCCGGAAGACGUCAUUCCCAGUCGCGACUGGCAAGUACAAGGUCGAGGUGGACGAGCUAGUCAAUGACAACGAGACAGUUGCUGCAGCCGCGGCCGUCUCACCCACCGAGAUCACCGUCGAGGAAGACUCGAAUGUCACUCUGACAGUUUCCUAUGGAGCCAUCAAGAAGUUCUCUGGCCUAGACAUCAAAGUCGGCCAGCUCUCAUCUCCUUUGGACAGGGAACGGAUCCACGUCGAGGUCAGGUCGGGGAGCGACAAAGUCAACGAGUUUGACAGUCCCAAUAACCGCACGACCAGCCUGAGGCGUUUGCCAGCAUCGGGCACAGCAACCAUCAAUGCCGCCCUGACAUUCAACAAUACUAAGUACACCAGCGAGCAGUCGGUGACUCUCUCGAACGCCCUGAUCGGCGUGGACAUUGGGAGCGACAAGUUCUCGUCGGCUGACAUCGACACUUCGUCCUUUGUCGACUUGCCCAUCGACCGUUCGGGGGAGUCCGUCACACUUCGCCUUGUCUCCAAAGACCGGCCAGCAUUCAUUUACUCCAAGGAAGUUUCGCUCAACAGCGGUACCAUUACGCUCGGUAUUCCUGUUGCACAAGGCAAGUAUGCGGUUAAAGCGACCGGCUACAUCAAGGACGGAACUGUCUAUGCCGCACAGGUGGCCGACGAGAUCGUCAUCUCAUCCGACGGCUCCUCCAAGAUCCACCUGCAAAUUGUGCAAGGGCCGAACCUGCUGGUCCGGGGCUUCCCAGAUUACCUGAGCUUUGGCGCGCUAUCCGACCUCGUCGACCUCGAGGGCAAGGACCUCACCGCUGCCAAGGUCUCAUCCGUCUUCAAGUACGCCGGCGACAACGGUGCCGGGGACGCUGGCGGCUACCUGGACGACGACCCGGCGACCACCAAGACGGUCAAGCUCGCGGCGCUGGUCUCCGAGAACCUUGGCGGGCAGCCCGUCCUGCCCGUCAUGAUCAGCUACACGGUCAACCUCAGCGGCGGCGACAGCGAGACGCACCUGCUCGACGAAUCCGGGCUGGAGCACUCCUUCGGCAACCUGAUCCUCAGCAUGCAGCUCGCAAAGAAGGCGUCCGAAAACAAGGUCACGGCCGGAUACAUCGUCAACCCGGACUUCCUGGGGGCAAACGAGCAGGACAAACGCUCUCCCGACUUCAGCAUGCCCGUCGUGGCGCCCCUCACCAAGGCGCUGGCCCACCGCAACGUGGACGCCGCCGUCCCGUCCACCAUCACGAAUACACUCGCCGGGUACGUCCAGGCAGUCAACUGGCUGAUCCGCACGGCGGCCCCCGAGGUCACGUUCGGGUGGCAGGUGAACCUCUGGGGCGUCGGCUCCUCGGCGUGGAUCUACGACAAGACAGACGCCGACGUCGCCACCCCCAACGCAAAGACAACAGCCGCCUACGUCAGGUCCCUGGGCGCGUACGACGGGCCCUACGCGCCCGACUUCCUGGCCAUCGACCGCUUCGAGGCCGACGACUUCACGGAGCGGGCGUACACGGUGGCGUACUGCUACGGCCCGCGCGAGUGGGCCCGCUUCUACGGCUUCGCGGCCGCCGUCGCCAUGGAGCUCAAGGUCCCCGUGAUGCCGUGGCAGAUCCCGGCCAGCCGCGUCCCGCGCGCCGCGGACGACGCCGUCACGCCCGGCUCGCUCGAGCGCGACCAGUGGGGCACGGGCGGCACGUACCUCUUCGGGGACGCCGGGGUCGGGUCCGAGGUGGGCAACAUGCACCCCGUCGUGCGCGGGAUCAGGCCCGCCGCCAUCGUGGGGCAGGACAGCGUCGAGGCGCUGUUCCGGGGCGCCGGGCCGUUUGACCUCGGCGCCCCCGCGUGGGGCGACUUCCCGCUGCGGGGGAUCUUUGCCGUGCUGCUCGGCGGCGGCAGCACCACGGGCGUGGUGGGCAGCAUCGGGACGACCGGGGCGUGGACGCAGGGGAGGAUUCGUGAGUAUAUGGCGAGCCCUGUCCCGCUGACUUCUACGCCGAGGUAG